CCGAAAACAUGCUUCCGGUUUGGCGCUUUUUUCAUCACUGAGAAACCAAAACCUAAAUUAUUUGUUGUAAAUAACAUUUCGUAUAUACUUCAGUUUCAGUCGCCAUCACCAUGGACGGGAGUGCAGGAUUUGGCGACUUGCUGCAGCAGGCGGAGCAGCUGACGGCGGAGAUGGACUGCGGGGCAGAGCUGCCCAAAGUGGAGAGAAGUAUCCGCCAGAUAAUGGAUGCGGGUCAUCGCUUGCUGACCAGGACGGCUCAGACCAGCCAGGAUGCCUCAGAUGUCAAGGCGUCAAUAUUACUGGGAUCAAAGGGUUUUGACAUUCCAAGAAUUUCACAGAAACUGGAAGGUUUAAGUGCGGCAAGGACUUUUGAGCCUCUAGAACCAGUCCGAGACACUGACAUCCAUGGUUUUCUGAGGAAUGAACGCGAAAAUGCCCUGUUAACAGUUAUAGAGCAGACAAGGAAAAAUACAUUAGAGGAGGCAGAGAAGAGACACUGGGAUAGUCUUGUUAAUGAGUGGGAGAGAGAGAAACAGAAGAUCCUCAAUGCUCUGAUAGGAACAGGACACGAUACACUGGACUUUCCACAGGAACAGGAGUCUAUACUUGGGGACAGUAUCAACAUGCAGGGAAGAAGUGCCAUGGAUAAUGUGGAGAUGGCAUAUGCCAGACAAGUCUACCAGUACAAUGAACAGAUAGUUCAAGGAGGUAUCAGACCCAGCCUGGUUGACAUGUUUGCUGAGGUGGGAAACAAACUAGAUGACGAUAAUAUCACAGAAAUCUGGAGGAUGGUGAAAUUGAUGACUGAUGUUCCCAUGGCAACCAGUAGUAGCAUUAUCUCGUCCCGCAGCACCCAGAGGAUGCAGACGGCAUUUGUAAACCAAGCCAAGAAAUACCUGGAACAAAGCUACCACAAGUACAUCACAGCCACAGUGUAUGGGAACCUGCAGCAGGCACAGCUAGGAGGAGUGCCAGGGACUUACCACCUGGUCAGGAGUUUUCUUAACGUCCGUCUGCCGCACUCCACUCCAGGACUAGAGGAUGGUGUAGUAGAUGGACACCCAGUGUGGGCUAUGAUGUAUUACUGUAUUCGCUGUGGUGACCUCAACGCAGCUCUCCAUGUGGCACAACAGGCUCAACAAAAUAUAGGAGAAUUUAUUGUGUUUCUCCAAGAAUAUAUGAAAAAUGAAGAUAGAAGGUUGAGUCCUAACAGUGAAACAAAGUUACGUCUCCAGUACAGACGCUCAGUGCGGACAAGUACUGACCCUUAUAAAAGGGCCGUAUUUUGUAUCAUUGGAUGUUGCGACUUCUCUGACGUACACUCCGAGGUGGCAGAGAAAACAGAAGAUUACUUGUGGAUUAAACUUAGUCAGAUUCGAUUUGGAGACGAUGCGGAAUCUGAGGAGGGGGGAAGUACACAAGAUACACUCACCCUGCCACAGUUUCAAACCACAUUAUCUGAGGAGUAUGGUGAGAGUCACUUCAGCGCCUAUCAGCAGCCAUUCUUGUACUUUGAGGUGCUCCUUCUCACGGCACAGUUUGAGGCAGCCAUCGAGUUCCUGUCCAGAAUCGAGAGAUUACGAUGUCAUGCAGUCCACGUGGCGUUGGUGUUGUACGAGAUGAACAUGUUAGCGCUGUCCCAGAGUAUACAGUCACAGCUGUGUGAGUGA